CACGUGUCGACCAAACGCAGAAGUGUUUUGCGCAGAAUCAUCGUCAGCAACGAAAGGGUGGGAUGUAAGGCAGAUCGAUGAGACGAAAUGUUAGGCGCAACCGUAAGUUGAGAAUAUAAUUCUACGGACAGCUGCCGAGGAAAGUGGUGUCGUGCUUUUCUGUUCCUGAUGGAGAAGACAAUAAAUGUCGAUUGUGCGGGCCUCGCACGUAUCGAUCCGCUUGACGAUCCUGUGGAUCUCUUCAAGGUGUGGCGUAACGAAGUAAUAACAUUCCAUGAAGGAAUAGUUGACGUUUGUUGUCUGGCGACUCUUUCCAAAGAUUACAAGAUUAGUUCGAGAAAUUUACUGCUACGUGAAUUUGAUAAUGACGGUUUUAUCAUCAUGACAGACGCGCGUAGCCGAAAAGUCGAUGAUAUGGAGCAUAAUCCGUACACUGCCAUGUGCUUCUUAUGGAACUACAAGAACGACAAACAGCAUAAAGUUUCACGACAGGUGAGAAUAGAAGGACCGAUGAAAAGACUAGAAAAACCGGCUUAUGAAUAUAUGUACGACAAGGAACCAUUGUACUGCAAAAUCCGAUCUUACCUGUGUCAUCAAGACCAGCCAGCCGACUGGGACGAUUUGAAUCGUCGGUACAAUGAAAUAUUAGCUGAAGCAAAGAACGGAGAAAAUUUGUCGAUGCCAGAUCACUACGUCGCUUACAAAUUGGCACCCGAGAUGAUGGAAUUUUUUUAUGCGUGGGACGAGUUAAUCGCCGAUCGAAUACGUUUCGAGAAGAAUAAAUUAACUGGACGUUGGGAACAUCAGAGAAUAGCAGCGUAAUUUUGUAUAAAGUCUCAUCGUCAUGAUGUCGAUUUUGUCGUCUUCCUCUUGGAUUUUCGGAUAUUUAAAAUGAUCGAAAAACUUGUAAUACUUUAAAAGUUGUUAUAUAACCACAUUGCAUAAUAAGGUA